AUGCCGCUGACCUCGAUCGACAGGACCGUCCCAUGGGCCGAUCUCCCGCCGGAGCUGUGUGGUCUCGUUGUGGACCGCCUCGACGCCUUCAGCGUCCUCUGCUUCCCGGCUGUCUGCAAGUCCUGGGCCGCCGCAUGCAAGGAGACACCACGUCUCCUGCGGUCGGGCGCCCCCACGUUGCUCACGUCUGGCCUGGACGGCUACGGCUACCGCUACCGCAUUAACGACAUUAAAACGGGCACAUUCGGGCUCCACGAUGUGUCCACUGGCAAAUCCUUCCGCGGUGAGGCCGAGGGGUUGAGGUGCAAAUGCUGGGUCGGCGGCAAGGACGACUGGCUCGUGACUAUGGACACGAGGUUCAACCUCGAGCUUGUCAACCCUGUCACCGGCGACCGGAUCCGCCUACCCUCCUUCAACACCAUCCCGGGAGCGGAAGUGGACAAGCUCGACCUCCUUGUGGAACCAAGGUCCGUUUACCGUUUCCAGCAAGUCAUAUUGUGCCAGACACCGGCGCACCGGAACGGCUACUUGGCCGUUGCACGAUUUAGCUAUGCUUUUUUGGCGUUCACGGCGGCCGGAGACGAGUGCUGGACGACAUUGGAGAACCACAUCGAAGGAUACAUGAUUUACAAGGAUGCCAUUUUCCACAAGGGAAAGUUGUUCGCUGUGAGCCGAUACGGGAGGAUCUAUGUUUGGGACAUGGACAGUGAAACUAAAGAUCCAGCAGUGGUGCGUGCACCGGAGAUUCAGCUCACCCACUUGCGUGGGCGGUACAGGUUCAACCUAGCCCCGUCGAGUAGCGGCCAGCUUCUGCUGGUUCUCACGUAUGGCGGCAGAAUCAGCGGCAAGGACAUCACGAGGCUGAUCUACACCGAACAGCUCAACUUCGACGCGUACGGCAUUUUGCUCCACGAGCUAGACACUGACAUCGGCGCGUGGCGGCGCGUCUCGGACCUCGGCGGCGACCACGCGCUCUUCUUGGGGGCGAGCGUGGGGGCGAGCUACCCGUUCUACGUCUCCGUGCCACGCGGGUCCAAGUAUCUCAAGGCCAACUGCGUCUACGUCGCGGACAUGUCCGGCUACGACGCAGUCGUCUUUAAUCUAGAGCAGGGAUCUGUUUGCGGCUUUGAGCCGCUCGUGUAUCCCGUCGUGGGUGGUCCGUUGCAGUCGCCGAUGUGGUUCCGGCCAACUGCCCGCUUGGAAGGACAGAUGCCCGUAAAACAGAGCGGGAGCAAGCAAACUUUUAAUCUUUAG